UAGCUCAUGCAACGAGGCACAUGGAUUUAUUUCAGAUCAUGGGUAUAAAUAGUCGGAGGAUCAAGAGAUCUGCGUACUCGAAGAACAGUAACACCAAACAUGUUCUCCUUUGUCGUCUGCGUUCUCCUUUUUGCAGGGGUUUAUUCAUUUGAUUACAGAGUUUCUGGCAGCCAUUAUGCCUUCGCACCUGUCGCAGAAAAACACGAAGAGGUACUAAUAUCAGCACCUGAAUCAGUGCCUCAAGCAGAAGAACCAAUGCCUGUGGAUCCAAAAGAACCCGGAGUUGAACAUGGGCCUGAAUACGAAAAACUUUUGUCGGUGUAUUACAACAGUCUUCAAGACUAUUACGCCAGACCAUAUGAACUCUACAAACAGUACAAAGCUCUAUUAGCAGCAAAGGAUUAUAAUCAGAACGGUUUCAGCACCCCUGUGUUUACUGAACAUGAAUAUAUAGAACAUCUGACCGCGCAAGCACGCAGAUAUGCUGAAGGUAAUUCCUACUUUGGAUAUCCCAAUUACUUAUAUUCAGGAUACACCAAGGAUAAUUACCACUCAGGAUAUCCCAGUUAUACAAUUAUUGGAAGCGGGUACAGAUAUGUACCAAUUUUUUGAAAUCACUUCAUGGAUUCAGCCAGCAGCUGGACAUAUUCUACAGUUUUGAAUUCGUUCCUAGGAAGAGCAGCAUUUAUUGUAUAAUUGCGUGUAUUGUUUAUACUCUCACAUUUAUUUCAAUGCACCUGUAAGCAAAAAUAAAUUAGUUCCCAAGCUGCA